AUGAAGCUCCUCUCUCUCCCCGCAUUCACCCUCCUAUUCGCCUGGUCCUCCGCUGCUACCCUCAACACUCCACGCGGGGAAGACCCCUCCUUCGUCCUCUUCACGACCAAAACAGGCACUACUAGGCCUGACGCCUAUCCACCAGGCUCUGGAGUCUAUAUGUGCAAGGACCCGAAUUGGGGCGGGUGCGUUCAAGCCCCUUUACCCGACCUCAAGGAGCAUCCGGAAGUGUGGUGUAUUGGGAUCACAGGGAGUUGGGACAAUGCCAUCUCGGCGUUUGGUCCGGAUAAGGGGUUGUUGUGUACGAUUUGGGAUGCGUCGGCCUGUACUGGUGGAGGGUACGACAUUAGGUGGCCGGGGAUUCCGGAUUUGAGGACUGUUGGUUGGGAUGACAAGAUUUCGUCUUUCUAG